ACAGGCGGCCGAUGGUUUCUGACGGACGCGGAUGUUGCACCAUGUUUACAUCUGACUAUGUACCAGGCAAUCUUGAACGUUCGAUGCUGCAAUACACGUGUAACUCACUGGACUUGCCCUGCAUACAUUGCAUACUACUUUAAGUGCAGGGCGAGAACUAGACACAGCCAUUUACCCAUACGCUUGCAGAACACACACACACUGUAACAGUUCCUGUUUAUCAGGGUUGCUUAGACUGUUUGGGAAUAUUUUGUACACUGUGGACCUCCAGAGGCCUAUUGAUAUCGAAAUGAUGGGACCGAGUUCCAGCCGUGACAGCGCAUAACGCUCCAACUCAACGUUUACCGAGUUGAAGAUUCCCAGUCAACACAAGAGUCAAGACUAGAGCAAGAUUCCACUUUAAAUAGCCAGCCAGAGCGUUAAUCACCUAGUCGGCAGUUAAUGAUCACUCCCUAAGGUGCCCGCCAGGACAAGACAGGAAGAAAUCAAAAUGAUCUACUGUAACGACUGUGGUAUUCUCCUGUUCGAUGAUGUGAGGGGUAACCAGUAUUGCAAGGCAUGCAGAACUGCUCAAGAAGAAACAAAGAAGUUAUCAAGACAGUCGUCGUGUACCUGCAAUUACUGUGACAGAAACUAUGACUGGAAUGACAAGGAAUUCACCUGCAGUGUUAAAUUAAAAGCAUCAGAAAAAACAAAAAGUAGGCCAUUAAGGACUCCAAGAGAAGCCCUGGUAGAUGAAGACAUCAGGACAAAGUGGGAAAAAGAGCAGAUGCAGCUGAAACAACAGCUGCUGAUAGAGGAUAGUGAUGUCAUCAGAGCUAUCAAACGGGACAUGAAGAACAACCGUCUGAAAACGGGUGAUCUGUACAUUGCUGGUGUUGACAUCUCAUUCAUCAAGGGGGAUGACGUUAACGCAUGUUCAGCUUUCGUGGUCCUCAACUACCCAGAUUUAGAGGUUGUGUACGAGGACUACCAGAUGAUCAAGCUAACAGCACCUUAUAUCCCAGGGUUCCUUGCUUUCCGUGAGGUAGAAUUCCUUGUAGCACAGUACCGCCACCUGGAACAGACAAGACCGGAAUACCUGCCACAUGUCAUAUUUGUUGAUGGGAAUGGUGUUCUGCAUCCAAGAGGAUUUGGUUUGGCAAGUCAGCUGGGAGUGCUGCUGGACGUGGCUUGUGUAGGCGUCGCUAAGACCCUCAUACAUGUUGAUGGUUUGGAGAAUGACGACAACCACAAAGACAGGAAACAUCUGCUGAAAAAAGGAGGGGACACGUUCUUAUUGCAAGACAAGUCAGGACAUGUGUUGGGAAAGGCACUGAAGAGCACUGACAGUGCCACUAACCCUGUGUACAUCUCCGUGGGACACAAGAUCAGCAUUGACACAGCAGUGUGGCUUGUCAGCAAGUGCUCCAAGUACCGCAUUCCAGAACCAACAAGAAAGGCUGACUUGAAUUCAAGGGAGUAUCUCCGUGUACACCACCCACAAAGUGCAUAAACAUUACUGGAGUCUUCUUCAAUCUACCCACAUCUGCAAAGCUGGCUGUGAAUGUAGAGGUGGCUGUGAUACCAGCUGCCAUGGAGUCAGUGUGAAUGUAUAAGUGGCUGUGAUACCAGCUGCCAUGUGAUCAGUGCGAAUGUAGAGGUGGCUGUGAAACCAGCUGCCAUGUGAUCAGUGCGAAUGUAGAGGUGGCUGUGAAACCAGCUGCCAUGGAGUCAGUGUGAAUGUAUCAGUGGCUGUGAUACCAGCUGCCAUGGAGUCAGUGUGAAUGUAGAGGUGGCUGUGAUACCAGCUGCCAUGGAGUCAGUGUGAAUGUAGAGGUGGCUGUGAUACCAGCUGCCAUGUGAUCAAUGUGAAUGUAGAGGUGGCUGUGAUACCAGCUGCCAUGGAGUCAGUGUGAAUGUAUCAGUGGCUGUGAUGCCAGCUGCCAUGGAGUCAGUGUGAAUGUAGAGGUGGCUGUGAUACCAGCUGCCAUGGAGUCAGUGUGAAUGUAGAGGUGGCUGUGAUACCAGCUGCCAUGGAGUCAGUGUGAAUGUAUCGGUGGCUGUGAUACCAGCUGCCAUGGAGUCAGUGUGAAUGUAUCGGUGGCUGUGAUACCAGCUGCCAUGUGAUCAAUGUGAAUGUAGAGGUGGCUGUGAUACCAGCUGCCAUGGAGUCAGUGUGAAUGUAUCAGUGGCUGUGAUGCCAGCUGCCAUGGAGUCAGUGUGAAUGUAUCGGUGGCUGUGAUACCAGCUGCCAUGGAGUCAGUGUGAAUGUAGAGGUGGCUGUGAUACCAGCUGCCAUGGAGUCAGUGUGAAUGUAGAGGUGGCUGUGAUACCAGCUGCCAUGGAGUCAGUGUGAAUGUAUCGGUGGCUGUGAUACCAGCUGCCAUGUGAUCAGUGCGAAUGUAGAGGUGGCUAUGAUACCAGCUGCCAUGGAGUAAGUGUGAAUGUAGAGGUGGCUGUGAUACCAGCUGCCAUGUGAUCAGUGUGAAUGUAUCGGUGGCUGUGAUACCAGCUGCCAUGUGAUCAGUGUGAAUGUAGAGGUGGCUGUGAUACCAGCUGCCAUGGAGUCAGUGUGAAUGUAUCGGUGGCUGUGAUACCAGCUGCCAUGGAGUCAGUGUGAAUGUAGAGGUGGCUAUGAUACCAGCUACCAUGUGAUCAGUGUGAAUGUAUCAGUGGCUGUGAUGCCAGCUGCCAUGGAGUCAGUGUGAAUGUAGAGGUGGCUGUGAUACCAGCUGCCAUGUGAUCAGUGCGAAUGUAGAGGUGGCUAUGAUACCAGCUACCAUGGAGUAAGUGUGAAUGUAGAGGUGGCUGUGAUACCAGCUGCCAUGUGAUCAGUGUGAAUGUAUCGGUGGCUGUGAUACCAGCUGCCAUGUGAUCAGUGUGAAUGUAUCGGUGGCUGUGAUACCAGCUGCCAUGGAGUCAGUGUGAAUGUAUCAGUGGCUGUGAUGCCAGCUGCCAUGUGAUCAGUGUGAAUGUAGAGGUGGCUGUGAUACCAGCUGCCAUGUGAUCAGUGUGAAUGUAUCGGUGGCUGUGAUACCAGCUGCCAUGGAGUCAGUGUGAAUGUAUCAGUGGCUCUGAUGCCAGCUGCCAUGUGAUCAGUGUGAAUGUAGAGGUGGCUGUGAUACCAGCUGCCAUGUGAUCAGUGUGAAUGUAUCGGUGGCUGUGAUACCAGCUGCCAUGGAGUCAGUGUGAAUGUAUAAGUGGCUGUGAUACCAGCUGCCAUGUGAUCAGUGUGAAUGUAGAGGUGGCUGUGAUACCAGCUGCCAUGUGAUCAGUGUGAAUGUAGACGUGGCUGUGAUACCAGC